GCGCCCGGCCACCUCUGCCCUUUUAAUUCCCAGUCGUCUCCCCCCUCCCACCAUUCCCUUCCCCCUUUGGCCCCUGGAAGGCAAACCCCUUCCUCUUUCCACACAUGACCAUACUGCCCUGCCCUCCCCCACCCUCACACUUCUCCCUCUUCCCCCAGCAGAUCAGUGCUGUCAAAGUGUCCCCGAUCGGAGGAACUGCACUCUGAGCAUCCUGUCACAAGUCGGACUCCCUGGUCGUGUGCGACGUGGACCCCGCGCUCACGGAGAAGCUGAGGAAAUUCCGCUUCCGGAAGGAAACCAACAAUGCGGCCAUCCUCAUGAAGAUUGACAAGGAGCAGCAGCUGGUGGUGCUGGAGGAGGAAUUCCAGGACAUCUCUCCAGAGGAGCUGAAGAGCGAGCUGCCAGAGCGCCAGCCCCGCUUUGUGGUGUACAGUUAUAAAUACGUCCAUGAUGACGGGCGCAUCUCCUACCCGCUCUGCUUCAUCUUCUCCAGCCCAGUCGGGUGCAAGCCGGAGCAGCAGAUGAUGUAUGCCGGGAGCAAGAACAGGCUGGUGCAGGCAGCCGAGCUCACCAAGGUGUUCGAGAUCCGGACCACGGAGGACCUGACCGAGGAGUGGCUGCGGGAACGGCUGGCUUUCUUCCGCUAGGAGGCAAAGAGAUCC